GUUCAGUCCACGGCGGCAGUGGAAACCACUGAUCGAGCCCAAGCCGCGGUCGAGCCAAUCCGGUGUACAGACGGCCCAUCCGAGGCCGAAACAUCCGAGCAUCCGUUUGCAGCAUCCGACCUUUUGCCUGAGUUCAUCCAAGGGGAUUAUGAUUUCUUGGCAGAACCUGGGGAUCAAGAAGACUAUCUAAGAGAGAUCCGUCACUUAGAAGACACCGCUGAUACUCCAGAUUUAUAUGAGCCUUCGGAAUCAUUCCCUGAUCAAGUGUAUAAUCCACCCAUCGAUAGCCCUAAGGACCCCAUAGAUCAGAAUUCCUGGAAGAGGUAUGCUACAUCGGAGUGGGUAACUUCUGAAGUCAAAAGGGUCAAGCAAGCUGGAUUGAUGGAUUUAAGAUCGUCUUUUGCUCUUGACAGCCCAUCCCAAACGCUGUCGAUGAUGUUCCAGUUGCCUGCCGAAAGCAUUGCACUCCUGCAAACAUCCCCGGAAGCAGAACACCAGAGCCAAGACUCCGUAGUGGCAAAUCAGAGGUUAGUUCAUGCUCGGAGGACCAGGAUAAUGAGGUCCGAUGAUGACCUGAGAGACGCAAGCAUCGCAAAGUUGAAGCACAUCAUCCUUCUGGAUCCUGCUGCAUCCCGGUUGGGGGAACUGUUAGUCCCAACUUCCUCGCGACCGAUGGACGAAGUGGACCUCCGUAGGUCGUUAGAUCAAGCCUUCAGCCGAAAAUCACCCAACACUCUUUAUAAGAGAGCCUGUGCCCUAACGCGGUACGUAAGUUGGUUUGAUAGGCUUAAUCAUAGAGGUUCACCCUUGAGAUUGAAGGAAUUUGACAUCUAUAGCUACCUCGGCCAUUUAGAAAGUGAAAGGGCGGGACCAACAGCAGCAUCAGGAUUCAUAGAAGCGUUGAGAUUCCUGGACUCAGUAGCAGUGCUGACCUUUGCCAACCUCGACUUGGUGUUGUCACCUCGAGUGACAGGGUUUGCAUAUCAACAGUAUCUCAGGAAGGCCCCUCUUAAUCAGAAAGACCCAAUCCCGUGUCUACUGAUUGCUGCGAUGGAGAGGCUCUUGAUGAAGAAAAUUGACGAAGUUCAGGUGUGCGUGCUGGGCCAACUGUUGUGGUGUUUUCAUGCAGCGAGCCGGUGGUCAGACAGUCUCCGGAUCCAGUCUCUAAAACUGGAGAAAGCAGAGGGUGCAUCACUGGUCACAGGUGAAGCUCUCGGAUCGACGACAUCGGUGACAAAAGAGGCUCAAACCCGUCUCCUGCCCUACGCAGCAAUAGGCACCGGAGUGAGUGGAGAACCUUGGGCAGAGAAGUGGAUCAAUUCGAGGGCAGAGGAGCUUGGACGGGAGCCGGAUCCUUUCCUACCCGCAUUCAGGUUGCCAGCUCAUCCGGAAGUUCCACAGCCCACCUGUGAGGUGCCGGACGAAGCAGAUCCAUGGGAGAUUUCAUCAGAGUCCAGUGAGGAGGAUCAAGCCCUAGUUGGAGUUUUGAGCAAUCAGGAAGAGGUGCAAGGCAGAAAACCCUUUCCAAGUGAACAGGAGGUAGAUUGCAUCGUCCACAGGAAGAGUGGCAUUGUCCAUGCCUUGCAACCGUUGGGAGACUACACGUUGUGCGGUCGUCCAGUGACCGGGAACUACGUAGAGUUACAAAAAGCCGAUACCGAAGACAUGGAAUACUGCAUCCUUUGCGGCCGCCAACUAGGAGUAGCAGCUAAAUCGAGCUGA